UCCCCUCCCUCCACCCCCCUCGCCCUCCCCUGCUUCCUCUCUGCCAGUCCAGCCUGGGUCCUGCUGCUCUGCCCAGCUCCAUGGGAGCCCCGCGCUCCACGGCAGGCUCUCCCUGCCCCUCUGCCCGCUAACAUGGCACUGCCAGCACCCAAUUAACCAGGAGUAGCAGCACUGGGGGAGCCGGAAUCUGGUCCGCCUCCCGACCCCAGACUCGGUCAUGGAUGUGAGCAAGAUGCUCAAGACCAAUGAUCCUGUAAUUCUAAGAGAAAAAUGGCAGAAGGGAGGACACAUAGGAAGAAAAAACCAGAAAAUGGAGAAGUAGAAAAGUGGAGGCCGCUUCUUGGUUAUAUCAGUGUGGAGAGUCUUUUUCAGACGGUCAGCAUCAAUAAAGCUAUUAAUACCCAGGAAGUGGCCGUGAAGGAAAAACAUGCCAGGACGUGCAUCCUGGGAACCCACCACGAGAAAGGCGCACAGACCUUCUGGUCGGUGGUGAACCGUCUGCCGCUGUCCAGCAACGCUGUGCUCUGCUGGAAGUUUUGCCAUGUAUUUCAUAAGCUCCUUCGGGACGGGCAUCCCAAUGUCCUGAAAGACUCCCUGAGAUACAAAAAUGAGUUAAGUGACAUGAGCAGGAUGUGGGGUCACCUGAGCGAGGGCUAUGGCCAGCUUUGCAGCAUCUACCUCCGACUGCUGAGAACCAAGAUGGAGUACCACACCAAGAACCCCCGUUUCCCAGGCAACCUCCAGAUGAGUGACCGGCAACUGGAUGAGGCAGGAGAGAGCGAUGUCAACAACUUUUUCCAGCUGACAGUCGAGAUGUUCGACUAUUUGGAGUGUGAGCUGAACCUCUUCCAGACUGUGUUCAGCUCCUUGGAUAUGUCCCGCUCGGUGUCGGUGACAACAGCGGGGCAGUGCCGCUUGGCCCCCCUGAUCCAGGUCAUUCUGGACUGCAGCCACCUGUAUGAUUACACCGUCAAGCUCCUCUUCAAACUUCACUCCUGUCUUCCUGCUGACACCCUGCAGGGCCACAGGGACCGCUUCAUGGAACAAUUCAAGAAGUUGAAAGACCUCUUCUACCGCUCCAGCAACCUGCAGUACUUCAAGCGCCUCAUCCAGAUCCCUCAGCUUCCAGAGAACCCACCCAACUUCUUGCGGGCCUCAGCCUUAUCAGAACACAUCAGCCCUGUGGUGGUCAUCCCAGUGGAGGCUUCGUCCCCAGACAGUGAGCCCGUCCUGGAGAAAGAUGACCUCAUGGAAAUGGAUGCCGCUUCUCAGCAGAAUUUCUUUGACAACAAGUUUGAUGACAUCUUCGGCAGCUCUUUUAGCAGUGACCCUUUCAACUUCAACAAUCAGAAUGGCAUGAGGAGCAGAGAAAAGAAGGAUACAUUGAUUGAUCACCUGUACCGGGAGAUCAACGGACUGAAGAAAGAGAUGGAGAACAUUCAAGCUGAGAAACACCUGGCGCUGCUGCAGCUGAAGGGCCGGAUCAGCGAGCUGGAGGCGGAGCUGGCAGAGCAGAGACACCUGCGGCGGCAGGCGGCCGAUGAGAGCGAAUUUCUCCGGGCUGAGCUGGACGAGCUCAAUAAAAAGCGAGAAGACACAGAGAAAGCCCAGCGGAGCCUCACGGAGAUCGAGAAGAAAGCCCAGACAAAUGAACAGCGUUACAGCAAGCUGAAGGAGAAGUACACUGAGCUGGUUCAGAACCAUGCCGACCUACUGCGGAAGAAUGCCGAAGUGGCCAGACAGGUCACUGUGAUGAGACAGGCCCAGGCUGACCUGCAGCGAGAGAAGAAAGAGCUGGAGGAUACUUUCCAUCAUGCGAACGAGCAGGCCCAGCGCAAGACUCAAGAACAGACCGAGGUCCUGGAGACGUUAAAACAAGAACUUUCCAUCAGCAAACAUGAGUUCCAAGUCCUCCAAGGCACCCUGGAGACCUCUGCCCAGUCAGAGGCAAAGUGGAAUAUGCAGAUUGAAGGCCUAGAGAAGGAGCGAACCAGCCUGGCGAAAAUCGCAUCUGAGAGGUAUGAAGAAAUCUCAUCCCUUCGGAACCAACUGGAGCGAACACAGUCUGAGUUAACCAGUGCACAGGAAUCUAUGCAUCAAAUCGCAAAGGACCAGCGGAAGUCAAUUCUCUUGGAAACAGGGCAAGAGGCUGAGAAGAUGGUGAAAGAUACCUUGAGCCAGCUUGAGGACCCCAUCCUCAUCAGCUGUACUGGGUCUGCAGAUCAUCUCCUUUUCAAGACCAAUUGUGUUUUGAAAUGCAUCGACCAAGUGGAGGAGGCCCAGAAGCAGUAUCUGACCUCUUCAGAUGAUGUCAGUGGACUGGCACGAUCCAUGACCCUCUUGGCUCACCUGGUCAGUGACACCAUCCUCCAGGGCAGUGCCACCUCUCUGACGACCUCCUUGGAGCCUGCCGAGAUGCUAACAGAUGCCUGUAAAGAGUGUGGCAGGGAAGCCCUGCUCUAUCUGUCUGCUCUGAAGGAAGAGGACAGUCUUAGGAAUGCAGAUAGCACGGCUAUGAAGAGCUGCCUCAGCAUGAUCACAGCCAUUGGCGAGGAGCUCAGACCCAGAGGCCUGGACAUUAGGCAGGAGGAGCUGGGAGACUUGGUGGACAAGGAGAUGGCUGCCACCUCAGCUGCCAUUGAAACGGCCACAGCCAGGAUCGAGGAGAUGCUCAAUAAGUCCCGAGCUGGAGACACAGGGGUCAAACUAGAGGUGAAUGAAAGGAUCCUGGGCUCCUGUACCAGCCUGAUGCAGGCAAUUCAGGUCCUCAUUAUGGCCUCCAAAGACCUUCAGAAGGAGAUAGUGGAGAGUGGCCGGGGUGCAGCCUCCCCAAAAGAGUUCUAUGCCAAGAAUUCCCGAUGGACAGAAGGACUGAUCUCGGCCUCCAAAGCUGUUGGUUGGGGAGCCACAGUCAUGGUGGAUGCAGCGGAUCUGGUAUUUCAAGGGAAAGGGAAGUUUGAGGAGCUGAUGGUGUGUUCCCGUGAAAUUGCAGCCAGCACAGCACAGCUGGUGGCUGCUUCCAAGGUGAAAGCGGACAAGGACAGCGCAAACCUCGCUCAGCUGCAGCAGGCCUCUCGGGGGGUGAACCAGGCGACAGCAGAGGUGGUGGCGUCAACCAUGGCAGGGAAGUCGCAGACUGAGGAGACAGAAAACAUGGACUUCUCCAGCCUGACGCUGACCCAGAUCAAACGGCAAGAGAUGGACUCCCAGGUAAAAGUGUUGGAACUGGAAAAUCAGCUGGAGAAGGAGCGGCAGAAGCUGGGCUACCUUCGGAAGAAGCACUACGAGCUGGCCGGCGUCGCCGAGGGCUGGGAGGACGAGCCCGGAGCAUCUGCAGCUGCUGUGCCAGAAGCCGAGUCAGAGAAGGACUAGAGCCCGGCCCUCGCCCCAGACACCAGACUGUAAACGCUCAUAACUCGUCUCUGUGCUUGUCGUGCGGCCGCUCCACUGUCCACCUGCCCGUGCUGCAGACUCACCACCUCCCCCGGGGGUCAGCCCCCCACGGAGCCCCGCCCCACGGGCCACACUUUGAUGACCCUCACUUCCCAUUGCCUGCUUGAGAUGCCGGCAGGCCUUUGCUAGCCAUUCUGGCCCCCAGGGAGCUUGUAGGGAACACGUCUUGGCCACGUGACUCACUUCAUCUCCAUGCUCAUUUCCUCGGGCUUGUUUGCCCAGGGUUGGGGGCCAGGAUUGCAGGGAGAGGCCAAGAGAGAGACUUCAUCAGUACCCUUUCCCUUUCCUCCUCAGUCUUGUCUGUUCCAUUAUUUGCACAAACUGGAGAGCAUCCGAGGUGGAUCCAGGCCGAGAAGCUCUCCUGGAUCUGUCCACAGGAGGGUCCUGCCCGAGAAGGCCCCGGGCAGUUCUUCCCCCUCCUCGGCAGUCUCAUGGACUCCCCACUGCUUCUUAGGGUGGCUGGGUUUUUGUUUUUGUUUUUUGGAAAGUCAAUUCCUAUAGCCAACUUUCCUCAAGGGAGCCCCUCUAGAGCUCCUGGGACACAACUGGGUCCCGGUACCAUAGUGGUUAAACAAUUAAUGGUGCUGCUCAGGCUUUGCCCUCGGUGCUCCACAUUCGCCACAUCACUGGAGUGCGGCAUCGUCACGUCCACUUCCUAGAAGGGAAUAGCUUCCUCCUUAGGGGAAGGCAGGUCGAGUGCCUUGUGUUACUGUACCUGGACCCCGGCUGACCCCCAACAAUUCACCUCCACACGCGUGGGGACCACAGAAGAGGGGGGGAGGGAAGGGUCCGGCCCAGGUCCUCGAGGAACCAUCAUCUGCGGCAACAGCUCGUGAUCAGACUCCAGAAACCCCGUGGUGCCCUCCUUGGGUGGGGAUGCUGAGAGCAGCAACAGGUCCUUCCCUGGCCACCACCCUCCAUUCCUGACCAGGGUACCAAGAAGGGGAAGAUGAGGGAAAUCUCGAUGGCUUUCACCAAGUAGUCAGCCUUGUCACCUACCUGAACUGAAGGUGGCUAACUCAUUAAGAAGCCCUGGUCAGAGAGAAUCAAGCAAGCCGUGUCCCCAAAAAGAGUGGAGGCUCGUAGCUGGUGUCCAUCUCCUCCCGUCCCUCUUACAGUGCCCUGUGCUAUUUAUAACUGACUGGCCACAAGCAGCAACACCCUACGAAGAAAUGCUUGGAGCAGUCAGUGUCGGAGGAGGCUGCGUCUGACUGCUGCUCUCCACCCAACAAGCUUCAUGAACAUGAAAGAAAAGGCAAGGAUACCAUCUUUGGACUCCUCACCAAAGAGGCUCCUCAAUUAGAUUAGAUGUGGAUGGUUCUGCCCAGAUUUCCCAAUCCUCCACCUGAAACGUAAUUAGGCCUGUGACUUUAGACCCAAAGCUGGAAUGGCCAUGUGUUGACCCAAGCUGCUCCUCUUGGAAUUGUUUCAGCUGCCAAACUGAGCACUUGGCUUCGGAGGAAUAAGUACCAUGUUGGCCAUGCCAGUUACCACUGGCCUUUCUAACUUCCAGGCCAGAGAAACGCUUACCUCCUGGCCAGCACCUACACCCACGAGAGCCCAGUGAAUCUGCCCUGCCUGAUCUUCACCAUGCUUUGUUGCCAUUACCUUUCCAAAUCAAUCAGAAAGGACUUGCUGCUGAUUAAGCCUUUGGUUCCCACAUCGGCCUUCCAGCGGAGGCCUCUCCAGCCCGGUUGUCUCCAACCCCUCUAAAGCCCACACUGCCUGUUGCAGAGAGCGAUAUAACACUGGGGUCUGCCGGAUUCUUUGUCUCUCACACAAACCCAGCAAAUCUUUCCAGCUAUUUGCUGAGGACUUCCAUUAUUUCCCAGGUCCAAACCAACUGUAAUACCACCACGCACUGAUGUGGUACGCUGCCUUUCACCCCAGGAGCCAAAGCAAUACAGAAGAUCUAUUGGUUACUGCUGGGCCCAGUGCUGAGAGCAGAGUAGCCACAUGUCCAGACCCACUGUCUUUCAGGUGACCCUUAACUACCUCAGGUUUGAAGGCCCUAGACUAAGCAGGUUACUACUCAAGGGACAAACCGAGGGGGUUCAGAUAAAUCUUGGUGAUAACUCAAUUUUUGUCUCGAUCCUAUAACUUUUUCUCGUCUAUUUUGGUUUGGGGGAGACGGGAAUUUUUUUUUCUUUAAUUUUUUAACCUUUACCCAGAUGUCCAUUAGAAGUAUUCCUGUAAAUUAAGUUGAUUUAUCACUCUGAGUGCCUACCUUCCCAGGGCAGGUGGCCACUGACAUUUGGUUUCUUUCCAACAAGACUUUUGAUUAUUAUAGUAUUAAGAUCUUUCUUUGUAUAAUAUGUUGUAUGUGUGUUUUCAAUUUUUAAAAUAAAUAUUUCAACCCAGCA